GCUUACCCUUUUUAACACAUCGGAAAGAUGGGGAAAAGAAAACAGAAUCAAGGAAAGGAAAGCGCUCAAAAAACCGUCCAAUUUACAGGUACAAAAUAUGGCAAUCCUGGAAUAACUUUGGGAAAGUACAAGAAGAGGCUAUCGGCUUACAUUAUAGUUCAGAGGGCUUUAUGUCUGUAUUUUAGUGCUUUAGCAAAGCACAUUGGUUGUUUUGGUCCCAUAUGUGGCCUUUGUAUCUUCUUUUUAACAAACUUUUGAAAACGGACGAAGAAAAUGUUCAUCAAUCAGUUGGAGAUCACUUGACAGUGGUUGAAGCCUUCCCAUUUGAACAGUCGGUGAACAAUGAGAAAGGCAAUGAUGCAACCUUGCCUCGCUCGCACUUUGUUGAAGUACCACUCAUAAACCAGGAACAUGCAUGGGAUUGUGGUCUUGCUUGUAUUCUGAUGGUUUUGAGAACCCUUGGCAUCAAUAGUUCUAAUAUUCAGGAACUGGAGAAGCUCUGCUGCACAACAAGCAUUUGGACUGUUGAUCUGGCAUACUUGCUGCACAAAUUUUCUGUUAGCUUUUCCUACUUCACGGUAACAGUAGGAGCAAAUCCCAAUUUCUCCAUGGAGACAUUUUAUAAGGAGCAAUUGCCUAAUGAUCUAAUGCGAGUUGAUAUGCUUUUUCAUAAAGCACUGGAUGCUGGAAUUAAUAUACUGUUCAGGUCAAUCAGCGGAGAAGAUAUUUCUCUAUUCAUCUUGUCAGGAAAAUACAUUGCGAUUGCUUUAGUUGACCACUACAAACUUAGUCAGUCUUGGGUAGAGGAUUUCUGUGUUUCUGGCUUCUAUAGUGGCAGCUCAGGCUACACUGGUCACUACGUCGUAAUCUGUGGCUAUGAUGCUGUGACAGAUGAGUUUGAGAUCAGAGAUCCAGCAAGCUCUAGGAAACAUGAUAAGGUCACUUCAAAGCGCCUAGAAGAAGCUCGCAAAUCAUUCGGAACUGAUGAGGAUCUUCUCUUGGGAAUUUAUGGAGAAAAAGGAAAAGGUAAAGGACAAGCUAAGAAGAUAACGAAGUGAGUAGGAUAAAUUUAUUUCUUUAAAUUUCCUGUCAUUUUCCUCUUCCUCCUAAAUCCUCCGCAAAGAUCUAUGAUCCAAACACCACAUUGAUUUUCCUGGUUUUUGCAUGGUCUCCUGGGAAAGGAAAAAUUUUAUGAGAAAUUAAUACACUUGACUUUUGUCAUAAAGUCCUGUUUGGACGCCAAUGGACAGUUCAGUUGCUAAAUCUAGGAGUCUCAUGUUAGUCUAUCUUUCCUAUUGUACUGCAGUGGACCCAUUCGCACCAGUCCCCUACCUUGGGAUUCGACUUUUGAUAGUUCAGUUUUUACUGUUCCCCUUUCCCUUUGCUCAUCUCUUUCUAAAGUAACAAAACAAUAUAGAUCCCAAAAAAUAUAAAAGAAUGUUGUUUGGUUUGUUUGGUGAAAAUGGAACUGUG